AUGAAGCUCAAGCGACUCCUUUCGUAUGGAUUUUCAGAUAAGGCCCCAAGGGAACAGGAACGUUUGCUCAACACAUACACUAGGGAAUUCAUCAAAGGCCUUAAAAGUCAAGGCACUCAUGCGGUCGAUCUUGUCAAAUGGUUCAAUUUCAUAACGUUUGAUAUCAUUAGCGACCUCACGUUUGCCAAAUCCUUCGACUGUCUUUCGAGCUCGGAAUAUCAUCCAUGGGUUGCCAUGAUAUUUGGGGUGACAAGAUACGCCACAUGGAUCCGGGCCUUGAGUCGAUUAGCGCCUGGUUGCGUCGAGAUGCUGCUUAGUUUGAUCCCUAGAAACAUCGCCCGUGAGCGUAACGCUACCUGGGCCAUGGCUCGGGAGAAGAUGUUUCGGCGAAGAGAAAGGUCUCCAAAGCACAUUGACUUCGCAACAUAUCUCCUUAGGGCGGAACAAGCACGAAAUCUUGAUAUGGAGGAUCUGGUUAGCAAUGCACCAAUCCUGGUGGUUGCUGGCAGUGAAACGAGGGCCACAUUACUCUCCGGUGCUGCAUACUAUACCGCAAGUCACCCUAUAAUCCAUAAGCGCCUGGCAAGAGAGAUUCGAGACCAGUUCAACCGCGUCGAUGAGAUCACUCUUGCCAGGCUGGGAGACCUCAGUUUGCGUAUCUACCUUCACGCCAACAGCAACCACCCCCGUUUGCUUCCCCCGGAGGGUGCUACAAUUUGUGGUCGAUUCGUUCCCGGAGGCUCUUUGAUUGGUGUUGGUCAUUAUUCUUGUUUCCGCUCAAGCAGCAACUUCGCUGAUCCUGACGACUUCGUGCCUGAGAGGUGGCUUAGCGAGGAUAUUAAGUACGCCAGUGAUAGGAGGGAAACCUUGCAACCUUUUGGUACUGGAAUUCGCAGCUGCAUUGUGAAGAGUCAUGCGUACAACGAGAUGCGUCUCAUAUUUGCUAUCUUGGUGUUCGAAUUUGACGUCGAGCUGCUUGAGGAGUCCUCGAUGUGGGAAAGACAACAGGUGUUUACAACUUGGCUCAAAAAGCCCCUUAUGGUACGGCUACAUCGGGCGAAGGUGGCCAGAUACCAGGCAGAGGUGUAA